GUUGCUUCCUUUUUUACGUUUUCUCAGUUGUCUCGACUCUUCGGUUGGAAUAGGGUUUUAAAUCCUUCGCAAUCUGUCACAAUGAUCAUCUAUAAAGACCGUAUAACUGGUGAUGAAUUGUUCUCUGACAACUUCCCAAUGAAACUUAUUGAUGGCAUGUAUUAUGAAGUUGAAGGCAAGACAGUUGCUGAAAAUUCUGGUAGCAUUGAUGAAUCCUUGAUUGGAGGAAAUAAAUCUGCAGAGGAACCAACUGAGGAAGAAUACAGCAGUGAUACUACCUAUGGUGUCAAUAUCAUCUUGACCCACCGAUUACGACCUGCAGUCCCUAUAGCUGCAAAGGAUUAUGCAACCGUAAUCAAGCCAGGUUUAAAACUUAUACUUGAAAAGCUAACAAAUGAAGGUAAAGAGGAUGAAGCUGCAUUUUUUAAGAGUAAUCUUCCUGCUGUUGUCAAGAAGAUUAAAAAAAUGUGGGACGAUUUAGUCGUAUAUCAAGGAGAGAGUGACGAAGAAAAUGGAUUGAUUUGUUUUCUGAACUAUCGAGAAAAUGGUGAUCCAUACAUGAUCUUCUUAAAGCAUUGGCUUAUUGAAGAAAAAGUGUAACAAGGAGGAAGAUAUGAAACAAUGCCAUAUAUAGGGAAUUUAAUGAAGACAAAUGAGUUUACUGUCAUACUGUUGAUAAUUUUAGUAUAUUGUAUUUCUCAUAGUUCUAAUAAAAAUAAAAGUACAACCAAA